AUGUCGGAUUUUACGGCUUUGAAAGCCGAAAAUGGGGCGGCAGGUGCCGCCUUGGCUUCAGGCGGCAGCUGCCGCCCAAGAGGCUGGGCUGCAGGGUGCCGCCUUGGAGUGGGGGCGGCAGGUGCCGCCCAGUCGGUGGCCGGCGGCACGGUGCCGCCCAUGCUGAGGCAGCAGGGUGCCGCCGGAGGAGGGCGGCAAGGUUGCCGCCCAGUCGGGUGGAUGGCCGGCAGGGCGGCAGGUGGCCGCCUGGCUUGGCGGCAGGGGCUGCCGCCCAAGAGGUGGGCGACAGGUGCUGCCUGGCUCGGCGGCAAGGUGCGCCCGGGAGGGCGGCAGCUUGCCGCCCUGUGGUGGGGCGGCGGCCCCGCCCCCACUGGGCGGGGGGUUGCCGACCUGGGAGCGCGGCAGCUUGCCGCCCAGUUCGGUGGGGCGGCAGGUGCCGCCCAGCGGGGCGGCAGCUGCCUGCUAGGGUCCGGCGGCAGGUUGCCGCCUGGGCCUAGCGGGCCGAUGCCGCCGGAGGCGGCGGCCCGGCCGCCAUACAACGGCGGCGGCCUUAUCGGGCCUUUCACUCCGAAGGAGCUUCGGGAGUUUCGGACCUCCGAAAAAUAUUCGCGAGGACCUGUUUCCGCGAUCCUCGCGAUAUUCCGGACGUUUUUAAGUACUAUAUUGGCAGAUUCUCUUCCAGUAAAUGUCAAAAAUGGCUUUUCGGUUUCUCGGCCGUACUGUUUGCAGUCCGGCAUUUGA